GAAAGCCUACUUCUUAAUAAUUUAUUGUGAAGAUCCACAUUCUUUUCUAGACAUGUACUGGGAAAAAAUUGGGGAUUGUUUGGAUGCAGAGAAACGUUUAAUUGAUAUAAGUGAAAUUAAAAUUAAGAAAUUAAGUCGUACUCUUAUAGGAAUUACCGGACAAGUACUUGUUAGAAAGACUAUUGAAGAAGGUUUUACGGUGGAAGUGGUAGCCACAAGAAAAGCUUUAACAGGUAGAUGGGUGCCAGUGGAUAUACAAGAUAUUACGUCAAAGCGUCAUAAUGGUUGCGAAUUAAUAUCAGUUGAAAAAUAUUAUGUAGGCCCAGUUUUAAAAAGUGCUCAUAUUCCUCCAAAGUGUCCAAUACAAGAGGGUACAUAUACAUUAGUAAAUGAUACGAUGGCCUUCAAUUUACCUAGAUUUAUCAUUCCCACUUGUUAUAAAUUAGAAGUAAAAUUAUUUGAUACCGAAGAAAAUGUAUUUAUGUGUGGAGCUGCGGUUAUUAAAAUUGUUCCAACUGGAGAAGGACCAUUCCCAAAAUGUAUUUGAAAAUAUUUCAUAGAUUGAUGAUAGAUUGGAAGAAGUUUAUAAAAUAAAAAUACCGUCUUUUUUCAAUAAAAAUAUUUUAUUUACAUUGUAC